UAGCGCCCGCUGUUCUCGUCUGCACCGCCGCCCGCGCAGCCAGUCAGCGCGCGCUCGCCGCCGGCGCCGCACGCACGUCCAUGUCGCCAUGGUAUACCCCGACUCGCGCUGGGGAGCGGACGCGUUAGCCCCCCUCUAUGAUGACGUCUACCGAGCUGACGGCGUGCUGUCAACCGUGAACGUGGUGGAGGCUCUGCAGGAGUUCUGGCAGGUGAAGGCGGCGCGAGGGGGCGGCGCGGGCGCGCUCGUGAUCUACGAGUCCGUGCCUGCCGCCCACCCGCCGUAUGUUUGCUACGUCACGCUGCCGGGCGGCGCUUGCUUCGGUAGCUUCCAGAAUUGCCCGACGAAGGCCGAAGCGAGACGCAGCGCGGCUAAAAUCGCGCUCAUGAACAGCGUGUUCAACGAGCACGAGUCGCGCCGUAUUUCGGAGCAUUUCAUUGAAAAGGCCGUGGCCGAGGCUCGAGCCAGCUUCGCGGGAGAUGCUGCCGCCCAUCAGGACCCGAGUGCUGGCAUCGCUGCCUUCAGGUUCAUGCUGGAGGCGAACAAGGGGCGCACAAUGCUGGAGUUCCAGGAGCUGAUGACGGUGUUCCAGCUGCUCCACUGGAACGGCUCGCUGCGCGCCAUGCGGGAGCGCCAGUGCUCACGUCAGGAGGUGGUGGCCCACUACUCCGCGCGAGCUCUCGACGACGCGAUGCGCGAGCAAAUGGCGCGCGAAUGGGCCGCGCGGGAGCGCGAAGCAGGCGCCGGUGGGGUCAUUCGCGCAGAGCUCACGCGAGCGGAGCGCGAACUACGCUCCGCAAGGCUCGCCGCUCGCGAACUACGCUUCCCGAAGGAGAAACGCGAUAUUUUGACCCUCGCCGCUCGUCUGGCACCGCCGCAGCAGCCACAGUGAUCUCAAAUCUAUGUCUAGAAAUGUUGUCCAGUAAAUGUCCGGCUCUUUGAGAUUUUCCAAUAAAU